AUGCCCUGGAGACAGCUGCUCAACAGGCCUGCCAACGACUCUACCCCAGAUGGCUUCAUCCUGUUGGGCUUCUCUGACAAACCCAGACUGGAAAUGACCCUCUUCGUGGUGGUGUCAGUCUUUUACCUGGUCACCUUGCUGGGAAACCUCACCAUCAUCCUGCUGGCCCGCCUGGACCCCCACCUGCACACGCCCAUGUACUUCUUCCUCACACAGCUGUCCCUGCUGGACCUGUGCUUCACCACCAGCUGCAUCCCACAGAUGCUGUUCAACCUGUGGGGCCCAGACAAGACCAUCAGCUACCUGGGCUGUGCCGUCCAGCUCUACAUCUUUCUGGGCCUGGGCGCCGCGGAGUGCGUGCUGCUGCUGAUCAUGGCCUAUGACCGCUACAUGGCUGUGUGCCGCCCACUGCAUUACGCACUCGUCAUGCACCCCAAACUGUGUCACCGGCUGGCUCUCCUGGUGUGGGUGAGUGGAGUCUUUGGCACCUUGGUGCAGUCUCCCACCACCAUGAAGCUGCCUUUCUGCCACCACCACCAGGUCGACGACUUUGUCUGCGAAGUCCCAGCCCUGAUCCGCUUGGCUUGUGGGGACACUCGUGUCAAUGAGCUCCAGAUCUCUGUCAUCGGUGCCGUAUUCCUUCUGGGUCCCCUGAUUCUCAUUCUCGUGUCCUACGGACACAUUGCCCGCGCCGUGCUGGCCAUCCAGUCCCGGGAGGGGAGGAGCAAGGCCAUGCGCACCUGCUCGUCCCACCUCAUCGUGGUCCUGCUCUUCUACGGCAGUGUCACUGCUGUCUACAUCAGGCCCCGGAGCCGCUUCUCUCAGAAGGGAGGGAAGUUUCUGACACUGUUUUACACUGUGAUCACCCCCACGCUCAACCCUCUCAUCUACACUUUGAGGAAUAAGGAUGUGAAGGGGGCUCUCAGGAGGCAAUUUGGAAAAGACAGAAAGGCCAGAGACGCAUGA